AUGGAACCUAGCAAACCAGCUCUCAAAAUCGUUCGAAUAAGCUCUCGUGAGCAACUCGAAGAGCUUGUCGACUUUAUUUGCGAGGCCUUCAUGGAAGACGAUCUAUUCUGCGUCAUGGUCCCUGGUCGACAUGAACAUCCCGACGCAGCUCGCAGCAUGUGGCGCAUGACCCUCGUCGAGGAGUACGGUAGAAAAGGCUCUGUGCUUCUAGCUGCUCGCCGUCAGGGAGAGGGUGGGGAAAGGGGCGAGUUUGUUGCCUGUGCAGUUUGGUGUCGUUGCGGAAAGAGUGAUAUCGCUCAGAGCUGGCAGGGAGAUAACUGGAACAAACGCAAGCUAGAAACGGCGUGGACAUUGUUCUAUAGCUUCUCCCUUCGACAAGCAGGUCCCGGUAUCGCACUAGACGCCUGCAUCGCAGCAGGAGAAGCAGCCGAGCAAGCCUACAAGUUCUACCCCGAUGAGCGCUGGCGCCUCGGCCUCCUAGCCACCUCCCCCAAAUGCCAGAGAACCGGCAUCGGAAAGCGUCUUGUCCAGUGGGGCCUUGACCGCUGUGAGGAGGAGGGAGUUCCAGCGACGCUCGAGUCCAGUGUUUCAGGACGGCCACUCUAUGAAAAGAUGGGAUUCAGAGAGUUAGGCACUGUGAGCUUCUACGAAGGAAAGUGGUCCAUGCCUGCCAUGCUCAGACCUGUGGAGGAGGACAAGAAGACGGUUUAG